UCGUUUUAGGAUAGGAUAUUCGGUUAAUCUACCGGAUAUCAUUUUAUUCAUGCAAAUAUUUAGUAGAUUAGUACCUAUAUAGCUACCUACCUAGUAUCCUUAGACUUGUACCCUAGGCGAUUUUUCCAGGUUAAACUGCGUAUGUUUAAGAAAUGAGUUGAUGCUGAAGCCUAGUCCAAGAUCACCUUUUCACAAGAUUUUUGUCAGAUUAUCUUCUUACAUGACUUCACUGGAAAGCAAUCAUAACUUUUACCAGCUAACUCCAGUUCAACUGGGAUGUGAAGUGCGUGGAAUUGAUUUAAAGAAAGAUGUGCCGAAGGAAGUUAUUUCUGCAAUCAAGGAAGAUGUGACAAAACAUAGAAUAUUAAUUUUCAAGGAUCAAGGUGUUGUUAGUGGCCCGAGACAUGUUGAAAUUGGAAAAUGGUUUGGUGAGCCUGAAUCUACAUUUUACAAACAUCCCCGAUCGCCUCAUCCUGAUGUUUUUCGUGUUUCAAACGAUCGUAGUGAAGGAUGUACAAAUGUAGGCCGCACAGGAUGGCAUAUAGAUGGAAGUUUUCAAGAAGCGCCUUUUGGUUAUGCUGUUUAUCAUAUGGUGAAUGUACCAACUUACGGUCCAACUGUCUUUGCUCCACUCACUGAUAUUGUUGAGGGGUUACCAAGGGAGCAGCGCAUUAGGUGGGAACGUUUGUACAUGGUGAGCGACCGUCGCUCUGGACCUAUUCAUCCUUUAAUAUAUUCUCAUCCUCUGACCAAGAAAAAAGUUCUCUGUUUUCAUCUGGGGAUGACUGACUCAUUUGUCUGGGACCAUAACACUUCAGAAGCAAGGCACACUGAUGAUGAUGAAACUUACCAAAUACUACGUGAAAUUCAUCAUGAAUUCGUUAAAAAUAAUAAAGCAAUACAGUACAGUCAUGAGUGGAAAGUUGGAGACUUUAUUAUAUCUGACAACCUGUCUGUUGGUCAUGAGGCAGCACCUGAAACACAGCUACCUAGGAGCCAAGUUGGGUUACGAGUACUGCAUCGUGUUACCACUGUUGGACAUUGUCCUCCAGCCAAGGAGUACAAUUACCGUGAAGAACUUGGUCUAGAGUGAUGUGAUUCCUGUCAUUUAGUAUAAGUACUCACUAUUUUAUAAGUGAAAAGACAUAUCCAGCUUAAAAGUAGACCUUGGGAAACAAUAAAAGUGAGAAUUAUUUACUUUUAGGAGAGAAGUACUUUACUGUCAGUGAAAGUACUGAGGUUGUAACAUGGGUUUAUAAUUGUUCAAUAUUGCAAUCAGUAAUUAUUAUACUACACUAAUUAGUCCAGAUAUUCUGUGCUUUAAUAAGUAAAAAGAAAGACCAUUACAAGAGCAGUUUAACAUUACUGUAUUAUGUUAUUGUAACUUGAAGCAAGUCUUUGCCAGUGUUUUGCAAACCAUGCUAAGUAUUCAUAAGAAGCCUUAACUACUGAUUGCCUUAAUUCAGGCUGUUGUAGAUUGUUACCAAAAAAGAUGUACAGUGAUGCUCAAAUCUGAUGUGACAUGAGUCCUUUUCUAUCGUCCAGAUUCUCACAAUCAACAUGAUGUUCCCAGGUUGUGUUAAACUUUUCUCAUUUCUAAUGUCAUACAUGUUGAAAAGUUUGUGAAUUCACAGCUAUCACUGUUUCCCUUAUGGUUAUAAAAAUAU